CCUUUCCAUUAAGAAAUUAACAUGACUCGGGAUCAACUCAGCUUAUUUUUCCGGAUCCUCAUAUUUGUUGGGUUGUUGCAUAGCCAGGCAUCCUGUAAACCGCAAGUCCCAUGUUACUUCAUAUUUGGGGACUCAUUGGUUGAUAGUGGCAAUAACAAUGGCCUCAAAACAGCCGUGAAAGCCAAUUUUCCGCCGUAUGGGAUUGAUUUUCCAGAAGGCGUCACAGGCAGAUUCACGAACGGUCGAAAUGUUGCAGAUAUCAUUGGUCAAUACCUGGGUUUUGUUAACUUCAUCCCACCUUACGCUACAGUAACAGACCAAGUAAUUAGCACAGGUGUAAACUACGGUAGUGGCGCUGCUGGUAUUCGAGAGGAAUCUGGAAAUUUUGUGGGUGAUCGGAUCAGUUUGGAUAGGCAAUUACUUAAUCACGUAACAACAAUUUCACGCAUUUCUGCGUUGCAAAGAAACAAGACAUUUACCAAUGAAUACCUUAUGAAAUGCAUUUACUUAGCAGAUAUUGGAAGCAAUGAUUACGUCAGCAACUACUUCAUACCUAGUAUUUACAACACGAGUAGUAUAUAUACUGUUGAGGAAUAUGCAGUAGUCCUUGCGGAACAAUACUAUGAACAACUAACGAAGUUGUAUAAUUUGGGAGCUAGGAAAGUUAUUGUGUUUGGUCUGGGUCAGUUAGGUUGCAUGCCAGGUGAGAUAGCAUUGCAUGGAACUAAUGGAAAACCAUGCGUUGAGUGGAUUAAUGAUGCAGUUAAGCUAUUUAAUGACCAGCUUAAGCAUCUUGUAGAGAAGCUGAACAAAGAGCAUAAUUGUGAUGGAAAAUUCACAUUUAUUAACAUUACAAGCAUGUCAGCAGCACAAGAAGAUAUACCUAAUCCAAAUGUUCCUUGUUGUCAAGUAACGAAUGGACAAUGUGUUCCAAAUUCGAUCCCAUGUCCUGAUCGAGAUUUGUAUAUGUACUAUGAUUCUUUCCACCCCACAGAAGUUGCAAACACAAUCAUUGCAAAAAGGUCAUACAUUGCACUUUCAACCAUGGAUGCAUCUCCAUAUGAUAUCAGUCAUUUAGCUCGACUUUAA